CAACAGCAUGAGCCUGUGCUCUUGAGAGUAUUGCGACAGCGAACCGGUCUAUCCUACAAGUCAGAUUAGCAAAACCACUACAGACACAAAACAAGCAAGAUGAAGGUACCACUGGCAAAUCUGCUGUGCAUCACAGUCCUGGCGAGCUCCGGGACGAGCUUCCCAAUGGAGAGGAGAGGAGCUGCAGCCGGUAAAGAGAAGAGAGUGCAAUAUGCAGCCUGGGAUGAUGUGAACGUGCUCGCACAUGGGAUGCUGCAGCUUGGUCAGGGUCUUAAGGAGCAUGUGGACAAGACCAAAGGCCAGGUGAGAGACAUCACCAUUAAGAUGAAGGUCUUUAAUGUCACCGUAUCCGAGCUUGGAAAGCUGACUCAGCGGCUUCAAGAAGACAAUGAGCUGCUGAAAGCAAAAGCCCAGAGUCUUGAAGACAGUGAGAGCUUGGUUCUAAAUGUGUCCACGGACCUGCGGCAGAAGACAGACGAGCUGCUCAAAGACAGACAGAAGGACCAUGAGAGGAUGAAUAAGCUGGAAGAAAAAGUAGAUGGCUUGAUGCAAGGAGAGGGUUUGGAAGCUGCCAACGGCAACUACAGUGAUGCCCGAAUCAUUCAGUGGAUGCUGGAGGCGCAAAAUAAGCGCAUUGAUGACCUGGUCGAGCGCAUCAAGCAACAGCAGGAAAAACUGGACAAACAGAACAUCCGCAUUAGGACCCUGCAAAAUCAGAUUACUAUGAAAAACGAGCGAUUGUCUCUGAAGAGGAUGGAGGAAGACGUAAAUCUAAACGCGAGCACUGAACAGCGAGAUUCCCCUGUUGCUUUGGCUUCUGACUGUCAUGAGUUGUUUCUGAGGGGCGAAACGUCAAGCGGGCUCUACACCAUCCAACCAAGUGACUCUCAGUCUUUUGAAGUCUACUGCGAGAUGACACCCGAAGGAGGAUGGACAGUCAUUCAGAGACGCCAGGAUGGAUCUGUUGAUUUUGAUCAGUUGUGGCAGGCAUAUCAGAAUGGCUUUGGAAGCCUAAAUGGCGAGUUCUGGCUCGGCCUGGAGAAGAUCCAUUCUGUGUCCAAAGGUGGCAACUAUAUCCUCAAGGUGCAGUUCUCCGAUUGGCGGGAUGAGAUUCAAAGCAUCAGCUACCGCUUCCAUCUGAACGGUCAGGAGAACAACUAUUCCCUUCGCAUCCUAGAAAGUCCUGCUGGAAACACGGAGAGCUCUCUGCCCACUGAAACAUCAGCAGUGCCGUUUUCCACCCGCGACAAAGACAACGACCAAAAGAAUGACCUCAACUGUGCCAAACAGCUAUCAGGUGGUUGGUGGUUUAGCAACUGUGGUCGCUCAAACUUGAACGGCAGGUAUUUCGUUACUCCUGCUCCGAAACAGCGACACCAGAGAAAACAAGGAGUGUUUUGGAAAACCUGGCGUGGCCGCUACUACCCGCUGAAAACCACCACCAUGAUGAUUGCACCCGCCGAGAUUGAGAACAAAUCAUAGAGGACAUGCACACAUGAUACCAUAACCAACAUCAUGUGCUGAAAAGCCAUUGAAAAACUGCCAAAACAACGCACUGGUGCUGAAAAUACUCCAUUAGGAGUGUUUGUCAGAUCAGACAAAGUCUAAAUCAUGAAUGUGAUGGACAGACAAAUCCCAGUCUGGGCUAAAAUAGGCUGUUUUAUUUAAUCAGACUGGAAAGAACUGAAUGUGCCUGAAGCUCUGCACGCAGCUGCAUGUUUUAUAUGGUGCAGGCCACUGUAAGGAUCUGCAACAUGUUUAGACAAAUCUGGCAGGGUGACGUCAAAAGACCUGAUGGUUUAGCACCAUCGCGUGUACUAUUACGCUUGGAGAUGAAAUGAAAGAACCUUGCCACUAAAAUACGGACCAAAUAAGCUACAUAAGCUUGAGCCAGUACUCUUCGAGAAUGCUUAUUAUAAAGGCACUGUGUAUAUUAAGGCAUUACCCACAGACAUUAGUAGAUCUGCAGAACAUUGAAAGAUCUGUUUCCUGUCAAAGUCAAGAUUCAAGUAUCCAAACAUCAACGUUGUUUUGUGGUACUCGCAUGCUUUCUUCCACAAGUUUUAAUAAUCUGAGUCUGCUUGUGUGUUGUCUUGUUUUGAAAUCAAACGAGAUGUUCCUGUGGAGAUUGAUUUUCUCAGUCACAUUGACUGCCUUUAAACAUCUGUAGACGUCACGUCUCUGUAAAUAAGAUGCAUUUUCUUUGUAGCGUUACAGCUGUUUUCUUGCUCUGAUUGUCAUAUUAUUUAAAUGUUGUACAAAAAAUCAUUAUGUAUAUCUUUCUUAUCUUUUGUUUUUAUAAUUUAUGUUUUGCUAAAAAGAAAAGGAUUUUGUUAUUGUUUUUA